GAGUCGGCCGCGGCACCGCCCGGGGGAAACCGCUGCCGGCGGGGCGAGAGCCCGGGGCGGAAUAAUGUUUCCAACAUGUCUGCGCAGUCACUGCUUUGUGAAAGAAUUGCCGUUGCCGAAGAACUGAUCAAGAGAGCAGAAGCCCUUUCCAAGUUCCAGAAAAGGAGAAUAGAAGGUGGGGCAAAACUAUGUGGCAAACUGAAGGCUGAGUUAAACUUCUUACACAAAGUGGAGUCAGGGAAGGUGGUCAUUAAAGAAUCCCAUCUGCAGAGUACAAACCUCACCCACCUCCAAGCCAUUAUCCAGUCAGCAGAGAACCUGGAGGAUGUUGUCAGUGUCCUCCAAGUCUUUUCUUAUGAAGACAGGUUUGGAAACAGACAGACACUGGUGGUAGAUGUUGUAGCAAAUGGAGGUCACACGUGGGUGAAGGCCAUUGGUCGGAAGGCUGAAGCCCUGCAUAAUAUCUGGCUGGGAAGGGGCCAGUAUGGUGACAAAAGUAUCAUUGAGCAGGCUGAAGACUUCCUGCAGGCAAGCUGUCAACAGCCAGUGGAGUACAGCAAUCCCCACAUAAUAUUUGCCUUCUACAACAGCGUGUCCAGUCCUAUGGCAGAGAGACUUAAGGAGAUGGGGAUAUCUGUGCGAGGAGAUGUCGUUGCAGUGAACUCUCUAGUAGAACCAUCUGUGGAAAACCAGCACCUAAGUGCCAGUGAAUCAGAUGAAGAAGACCUUGAACUGCAGGUCACCAGGGUAGAUCGGGAGAAUUUAGUGACCAGUAUUGCUUUUCCUACACAGAUCAAAGUAAAUGUGUGCAAUAGAGUGAACUUAGACAUCACUACAUUAAUAACCUACGUCUCUGCUCUGAGUUAUGGUGGCUGCUACUUCAUCUUCAGAGAAAAAGUGCUAACAGAGCAAGCGGCUCAAGAAAGGAGGGACAGAGUCCUGCCUCAGCUGGAGGAGUUCAUGGAGGGGAAGGAGCUCUUUGCAUGUGAAUCUGCUGUCAGAGAUUUUCAGUCAAUCUUGGAAACGCUGGGAGGGCCUGGGGAGAAAGAGAGAGCUGCAUUGCUUGUUAAAAGAAUUAAUGUGGUUGCAGAUCAGCCAUCUGAUCGUGCCUUACGACUAGUGGCGAGUUCAAAAAUCAACAGCCGUUCUCUAACAAUUUUUGGGACAGGAGACACUUUAAAAGCCAUCACCAUGACUGCAAAUAGUGGUUUUGUGAGGGCAGCUGCUAACCAAGGCGUCAAGUUCAGUGUUUUUGUUCAUCAGCCAAGAGCACUGACAGAAAGCAAAGAAUCUGUUGCCACACCUUUACCAAAGAGCUGCCUGCGUGAUAAUGGAUUGUAAUUUGUUAAAGGAAUUAAUCUCUGAAUAUUGCUGGUCUUUCAGUGGAAACAUCUGGAGAAAAAAGAGAGUCAUAGCAAUACUAUAAUAUAUAAUAAAUUUUCUGAUUGUUUAACAGUGAGAAUGCUAACUGGAGCAAUGGAAGGGUUCCCCAGGAGACUUACACUGUCUUUAUUCGGUUUUUGGUUUUUGUUCAGCUGCUAAUUUAUUCACUAAAGUAAUAAGAUUUCCUUGAAAAUCAUUAACUGUUACAGUAUAUUAACUGUAUGCAUCCCUAUUAAAACAUUCAGUUACAGCA